AUGCAUUUGGUAAAUGGGGUGGGAGCGUGGGGUGGUUUCGGAUGUAAUCUUCAGCUUGGCCCAUCGCAGCGGCGUAGUGUCGUGAGAAGAUCUACUGUUCAUCUCAGUCGUCCAAAUUCGUAUUUGGCUGUAAUUAACGAAAUUGGCAAAGAUCAUAUAGCGGAUAUCUUGGAUCGUCCAUUACCAUUCGUAUGUCGCCGCGCUGUUCGUCGCGAUCGUUUUCAUAUCACUCUUAAUGGUCAAGUCACAGUUUCCAUUGUUCCCAGUACGGGAAGGAUGUGUAAGUUGAUGAUUAUCGGUUCAUUAUUCUUGCUAUUUUGGCUUGAUGUUUAUUGCGCAAUAGCUACACAAGUUCGUGAUGUUUCGAAUUUUCACUCUGAUGGAACCACAUUUUCUGUGGUAUAA